CCACGCACGCGCACUCCCCGCCCCACGCACGCGCAGUUCCGUUGCCCCGCGCGGCCACGCGGGAAUGUCGGCGCGGGGCGAGGCGGCGGAGUCGUGCGUGGGGCGGGUGGUUCUGCCGGGGGACGUGCUGCUGCUGCCCGCCCGCCCUGAGGAGGAUGAGGAGCGGCUGCUGCGGCUCGGGCCUGGAGCGGGGCAGCCGCGGGGGCGGCUGCUCUGUGGGCCGGGGUUGCGGCGCUGCGCCGCGGGGCUGAUGGUGACCAAGGGCGGCAUCCUGCGGCACCGCGCGGCGGGCGGCGCCUACUGGGUGGACUCGCAGCAGAGGCGGUAUGUUCCAGUCAAGGGCGACCACGUCAUAGGAAUAGUGACGGCCAAAGCAGGAGAUGUGUUUAAGCUGGAUGUUGGUGGUAGCGAGCAGGCGUCCCUGUCCUACUUGGCCUUUGAAGGUGCCACGAAGAGGAACAGGCCAAAUGUACAGGUAGGAGAUCUUAUUUAUGGUCAGUUCCUUGUGGCAAAUAAAGACAUGGAACCAGAGAUGGUCUGCAUAGACAGCAGUGGAAGAUCGAGUGGGAUGGGACUGAUUGGGCAAGAUGGUUUCCUCUUUAAAGUCUCCUUAGGUCUAAUAAGAAAACUCUUGGCUCCCAAAUGUGAUAUAAUCCAGGAUUUGUCACAGUUGUACCCAUUUGAGUUGGUGCUGGGAAUGAAUGGAAGAAUAUGGGUAAAAGCAAAAACAGUUCAACAGACUUUAAUUCUAGUAAAUAUUUUGGAAGCCUCUGAGUAUAUGACUGCAGAACAGCGGAAACAAGCACUUGCCAAAUUGUCAGGGAAUCGAUAAGACAAAACCUUGAGGCUUUGUUUGGCACGACUUUAGAGGGUUUGGGUUGUUUUUGUAUUCCUUUUAUAUUAAAAGCCAUUUUUUUAA